AAACGCGCCAGUGCGCGUAGCAAGGCGACAACGUCAAGAUGGCAGUCGGUGCACGGGACUGAUCGCUCUCGCAGUAUGGAUUUUGCCGCGUGAUUCUCGGUGCUGCAGUGAUUCCCGUCCGUCUCCGUAGCGGAAGAAGGAGAGGAGAAAAAAAGGAAGGACAGCGCACGGUGCGGUCGCCGGGUGCCGCAAAUGGUGUCGCGUCGCGGAAGCUCGGCAGAUCGAACGCGGUAAUGAGAAAAAUAUCACGAAGCAGCGUGCGGUAACCGGAGCUCCGGGCCUCUACAAUGGUGGAUAACAGUUGUAUUAUCGAGGGAAACGUGAAAUUUCGCGACGGCAAGAAGUGGAAGUCAAGAUGGUGUGUUAUGCGAAAAUUAUCGCCAGUAGCAGAUUGCUUGCAUUUACAACUGUAUGGGGACAGUAAGGAUCGUUACAAGCAAGGCCAAACGAAAGCGUCUUUGAGCUUGCAACAUUUUCUGGGCGUGGAGAGCGGUUUUACGCUUGACAAGGAGUCCAAUACAAUCGCUAUAAUUUGCCAGGAUGUGACAGUCGUUCUCGCGUUUGACACGCGAGAGCGAUUGAUACAGUGGCAAGUUAAGAUCUCGAAUAACUUGGGCGAAGAUCAGCAAUUCUUGAUACUCAUCUCCUCGGUACCGUCAAAGGCGAAGUUCACUAAUGGGCCGGCUCACUUACACAUUCAGGACAGUCGUUUCUGCAUCACCAUCGGCGUGCCACCGCGGCUCGUCGGUAUAUGGGAGAUCGCGCAUCUCCGACGAUACGGCGUGGUGGAGGGUAGAUUCUGCUUCGAGGGCGGUUCCAGAUGCGGUCGAGGCGAAGGGCUGCACGUUCUGAUAACCGAUCAGGGAGACGACAUAGUCAAGACGCUGCAAUUGGCGGCCGAGGGCAAGCUCACUACGAAGAAACGAUCGCCCCUCGGUAGAGAACAAUUGACCACGCAAGACAGUCCUGGACGACGUCAAUGUUCUCGCGCAGAGACCAGAGCCAGCGAUUUUUUCCCCUCGGCCGUCUUGUACUCGACGUCGACUUACGAAGACCAAUGCGACAGCUGCAAGAACGAGAACUCGCCAUAUUGGUCGUCCGCGGAAAGCAGACAACAGACAGCGGAACUCGAUGGCGACUACAGGGACACCAUGUCGAUAUCAGAACUACCCGAUCAGCAGACCAGCGGUGAGUGGCGCAGCUGUUCGCUCACUCGUCAAGGUGCAACUGGCCUGGAGAGAUGCGCCAGUUGCAUCAGUAAACUCGGCACCGUCUCAAAAUCGUCUACUUUGAUUACCACCACUAUGAGCGGCAUAAGCAGCCCAGCCGCCAGUACGUUGAACAAUCUAGGAUGUCAUUUGCAACCCCGUACUUUCGAUCGACUCUCGCUGUCCUCUUACAGCAGUAGUAGUCACGACAGCGAUUACUCCAGCUCGCAGCAGAUCGAGUGCCAGUGCGCGCAAUCGAAAACCGCCCAGUCUCAGACGGCACAGCAGACGACGACGGCUCGUCGAAUGUCACCGAGCCCGAGCGCGUUGCCACCGAGACCGCCGAAACCGUCCCAACCGCCAUCGUUGCCAGCAACAGCCAGCAAUCAAUCCGUCACUGCCAAGAAGCCUAAGAAACCGCCGAUGCCACUGCCAACCGAACAACAACAAACUUGCGUACACACUUUGAAGCCCCAACAAACCCAGCAGCCUCAGCAACAGUCGCAGCAGGUCGUGACUCGCGGCGGCGCGGGACCCUAUGAGAACUACGACAUUCCGAAAACCAUUCUAGGUCAUCACAUGUUGCUAGAGCAAGGUCCGCAACCGGAACAGUAUUACGACACGCCGAGAAAAAUAAAAGAGUGUCUCACCCUGCCGAAAACUUACCCCAAUUACGACACGCCUCAGGUGCCGCAGGCCGUGGUCCUGCAAGGAUGCGGAUGCCCCGCGAAACUCACAGUCCAAUCGCCCAGAUCCUCGGGAUGUCCUUGUCACAAUGUUAUGAGCUGGGCCGGCUUCGUCCUGCCUUAUUGUCGACGCGGCGCGGGAAUCGAGCCCACCGGUGUCACGGUGCAUCCCGUGAAGCUCUCGGGUGAAGGUAAGAUGCCAGUGGUGAACGCCAGCGGGGAAGUUGCCAUUUAUGCAACCGCUAAAAGGAUGAAUAAAACCGAAUCGAUCGACGAGAAGGCUACGGAGGAAAACUGUAGUUGCGCCGCGACAAGCAAGUCGAACAAUUACGAGAACGUCGAGCCAGUGAUAGACACGCAACCGGAAUCGAAGCAGGCGAAUUACGUGAAUAUAGAUUUUUCGCAAUCGCUUGAACAUUAUGAAAACAGCAAGGAUGUACUAACCAAGAGCAGUAUCUCGCAAGAAGAGAUUGAGAAAUUCGCGGACCAGUUGAAGGAACCGGCGCCUGAAGUUCCGGCCGGCGAUAACGUUACCAAGGUUUGCGAAAAAUGCGGUCACGCGAAGGAAAGGGAAGACGAUUACUUGAUUAUGGAUCCGGACAAGCAAACGCCGAAGAAACCAUUCCCUAGUUACUUACCGAUGCAACCGAUUCACAAUGCUUGCUCCAAGGAGAUCUUGUCCAGGCUCUGCAGCGGCAUUAAGAGUUCCAGCAACCCGACAUUAUCGGGCUCCACGUUGCUUGAGGGAAACAAGAAGCGCUCCGACUCGGAGUACCGUGUCCCAGGUUCGGCGAUGUUAUCCAGCCCGUAUCUCAGGCGUCGUUACUUGGACACGGGUAACGUCGCGGAAUCCGGCGGUGGCAGCGUAAACAUACUUCUCAGGAAACGUUCCUACUCCGCCGAAUCCGCGCAUUAUCUGGACGACGAGAGUCACACCUUUCCGUCCACGCUUACCAUCCACAAAUGUUCGAGCGAAGCGGACAAGAACUCUCUGAUAACCGGCGAGUCGCACAAUUCGUGCGUGAACUCCGAAAGCAAGAGUAGCAGUAGCAGCAGUCAGGAGAACGGGCAGACGACGUUGACGACUGGAAUCGCGUCUCCUCAGCCGUCGUUCAUCAAGAUCCGACGUUCGUCGUCCGUGCCAUCCAAGACCGGUCACAACAGAGACUCGUCGAGUAGCAACGAUUCCGGCGUCUCCACCGGCUCCUUGAGUCACCGAACCGCGGAAUUUGUCGAAUACGAGUUGUCAGGACCUCCGGCUUCGGCGAUAAAGCCGAAUAUGUUGUCGCAAGUCUGUCGCAAGAGUCCGCCGCCCACCUGUUAUCACAGCAGUCUGCCGAGGAAGUCCAAGUCCAGCGAUCCUCUUCGCGAAAUCUCCUUUCAGUUUCAAAAAAUCAAGAUACCGACGAAAUCCUCGUCGGCCGAGGCCGACAUACCAACGUGUUUGCCGAAGGCCGCGAAGGGCUUCAACAGUCCCGGCGAAGUCUCGAAUACACCCUACAUCGAUUCUAGAAGUACCAGCAGUGGUACUUCCGACAUGUCGGAUUAUAUUGAAACCUUGUCGCUGUCGUCACACUCUUCAUCCGAUACACCCGAUAGUCUGAGAUUAGGAGGCAGAGCAGUAGCAACCACUCUUCGACCUCGUAGCGGAAAGGAAUACUAUAAAAUUGAUCGAAGUAUCUUGGUAGAGCAGGGACGGAUUCUCACAACGGCAUCUGCUAAUUAUGCAAAUAUCACUCCAGUCUUAGAAAAGAGCGAGUCACCAUCACCUGGUUACAUGAGCAGCUCACCGUUCGAGCAACCGCAACCUACUCGUGAACACUUUCUGUUCCCCGAAGAAGCUUGAAUGUAAUAAUAUUGUUUGGGAAAAAAAGAGUUUAAAAACUUGAAGUUCCUAGGAAUUCCAAACAAGAUGAGUAAGAAUGAGUAUUUCAACGGUAGAAAUUAUAAUUGGGGCAUUGUGACUAUUUACACUAUACGCGGAUAUCUGGGAUUAAUUUCGAACUAUUCUAUCUACGAUGAUUAUUCGCCACAUGCCGAUAUCGUAAUAUAAUAUGCCAAAUGAACGUAUCGAAUAACAAUCAAAAAUUCAUAAUUCUAAGAACACGAAAGCACUCUUUAAUCAAAUAAAAUAUUCCUUUUAUUGAUGUUUUCGUAAAAGUCUUCCUCUAAAAAGCACAAUCAAAAUAAAAAAAGAAAAAUGUAAAAAAGACAGAAAUUUAUGCAGAAAUCUAGGUACUAGCGUAUAGUUGAAAUAAUGUCAGUAAUCAAACAAUUCCUACAACGACUCAAACAAUUUCUAAAAUAUGCUCAAUAAGAAACUAAUAGUUUGUAUAGUAAAAAUCCUGCCCUAGGAUGUAAAAGAUAUGCAUUGUAUACUUUAUAUGAGUAUAUCGUUUUUUAAAUACUUUCUUAUUUUGUAUGAGUAUACUUCUAUAUAGACUAUUGUACAGUCAUUUUCGAAAAAAAAUUGAAUGAGAUUAAUAACUCUUAGAGAUUUCAAGUCAGAGUUCUUGAAAUUUUAUGGGUCGAUCAAUGUGACAUCAGAGCUCAUAAUAAUCAACAGAAUUGUAAUACCUCGAAUCAAAUAGCUUUAACUCGCAUAUCCCUUUUAGAUUUCAUCAAAAUUUGAUAUUAAUUUAAUAUUAAUUUGUAUUUUUUUCUAGAUUUUAAAAAGAUUAGGAAGAAAAAAAUUGUUUAUUAAAUAGGAAAAUAAUGGGAAAUAUACUCCAAUAUAAGAAAUUUACAAAGCAUCGAAGAUAUCACAAUUGUAGUCGAUUAUAAUGUGCUGUAAAGUUUUAAGAACUCUCGUCUCGUUUAGAAAAGAUACGAUUAAACAUUUGUUUGUACUGGUUGAAAUAUUAUCUAUCCACAUUCUGUACAACUAAAAAAAAUGCACUGAAUAUAUUCAGUCGCAUAGUAUUCACAGGGUUUUCACACUUACAAGUUAUUUUUUAAAGAUUAAGAUAAAAUGUUACAGCCUUUAAAUGGUCUUCUUUCUAACGAGACACACAUGGUAAACACCAUAGUCUCUAGGCAAUCAAAGACGGCACUAUAUAUAGAUUAUAAA